GUCGUCUGAUUCGUCACUUCUUUCGGGCGCGAAUACUUCAAUGCCAGUCAGAGAGUUUGUGUCUCGUGAGGGGAGCACUGCGCGCGCGCCUUAGCUAAUAACUCAAUGCAUUAAUAUAAUUAGUUUACAGCAGCUUGCCGCCGAGGAGUUUUGCAAGAAAAUGAUUGGACAAAAAACUAUUAACUCGUUUUUUUCGCCUGUGUCGAAGAAGAGACUUUCUAAGGACGUCAAUGAAGCCGAGGUGGACGCCGAGGAACCGAAGAAGCUGAAGUCCUCGGCGGUGGAGCCGACGCCUGCUGCUCUCUCCCCGGAGCAGAGAGACAGGAUCGCCCGCAACAAGGAAGCAGCGCUGGAGAAACUCUCUUCUGCACAAGCACCUCCGGGGUUUGGGGGAAGCUGGAGGGAGGGACUGUCGGAGCAAUUUGGAAAACCCUACUUUAAACGAUUGAUGACUUUCGUCUCUGAAGAGCGGAAACGAUACACGGUGUACCCACCUGCUGAAGACGUCUUUACCUGGACCCAGACGUGUGACAUCCGAGAUGUCAAAGUGGUGAUUCUUGGCCAGGAUCCAUAUCACGGUCCUAACCAAGCCCAUGGAUUGUGCUUUAGUGUCAAAAGACCAGUGCGUCCUCCGCCCAGUUUGGAGAACAUGUACAAAGAACUGGUGUCGGACAUUGAAGGCUUUCAGCACCCAGGACACGGAGAUCUGACUGCAUGGUCCAAACAAGGUGUGCUGUUGCUCAACGCUGUGUUGACGGUCCGAGGGCACCAGGCCAACUCUCACAAAGACAAAGGCUGGGAGACCUUCACUGACGCUGUGGUCCAGUGGCUCAGCAACAACCUGGAAGGCCUCGUCUUCAUGCUUUGGGGAGCAUACGCUCAGAAGAAGGGAGCUGCUAUUGACAGGAAACGCCACCACAUCCUGCAGGCUGUGCAUCCUUCUCCCUUGUCUUGUCAUAGAGGAUUUUUUGGAUGCAAGCAUUUCUCAAAGGCCAACGAGCUGCUAAAGAAAUCCGGAAAGUCUCCCAUAAACUGGACAGAACUUUAGGAUUGUAUUCAUAUUUUCUUACAUGUAUGUUGGUCACCUACAAACUAAAACCCACCUAUAAGCUUUCACAGUUCAGCAAACAGCAUGUGCAGAUUUCUUUAUGACAUAGUUGUCAGUUUAUACUGCUAUGUUUUCUGCUACAGUUUUCUUGAAUGUCUUUUCUAAAACUGUUUGUUAAACAUUGUAAAUAUUUUUUUAUUUAAAAAAAAAAAAAAAAAAACUUUCUAUUGAAAUAUUUGUUCUAUUAAAGUGGUUCCAACAA